AUGGUGCACCAGCUGAGCCCGUCUCCGCUUCCUACGGCCUCCCUGGGAACGGCGUGCCCGUCGCGCCCGUCUUCACGCCGCUGGCCAACCGGGCGCGCGCCGAGCCGCCGCCGCCGCCGUCUGCGCGGGCCAGGGGAGGCGGCACAAAGCCGGCCGACUUCGCCCUCCGCCGACGCCGACGGGGUCCGCCUCGACACCCCCGCCGUCCCCGCCCACCGCGUCAUCCUCGUUCUUGCUUACACUGGGAAUGAAGACGCUAAGAAGUUUUUCUUCAGUGGUGAAAUAACACUGGACAGCAUUAAGGAAUUUGCUCAAGAUUUCCUGGAGGACAAGCUCACACCAUUCUACAAGUCUGACCCAGUACCUGAAUCCAAUGAUGAAGACGUCAAAGUUGUUGUUGGCAAGAGUGUGGAUCAAAUAGUUCUGGAUGAGUCAAAAGAUGUCCUUUUGGAGGUACUCAACCUAUUGAUGCACAUGGACAUGAUGACUCUUUAGCGUUUAUGGACCAACCAACCUAUAAGCAUGGACCUUAUUGUCUUGUAGACAAUUUGGUGUUUCGAGUGUUUUGAAGCUUGCACUUUGUGCAUGUAGAUACAAACUUGUGUGUUCUGGACCAUCUGAAGUCUCUCAUAGUAACCAACGGUCCUUAUCUUUUUGUGACUUGUGUGUUCUGGAUGAUUGUUAAGAUGGUCAAAACUAUGCUUCCUCUAGGUUAAUUUGUUUGUCAACUUGCGUUCAA